AUGGAUCUGGUCGUGGUCCUGGUGGUGUGUGUCUUCACUUUGCUUCUCCUUUCACUCUGGAAACAGAGCCAUGGGAAAGGGAAGCUCCCUCCUGGCCCCACUCCUCUCCCCAUCAUCGGAAAUAGCCUACAGAUCAAUUUUAAGAAUAUCAGCAAAUCUUUAAGUGAUUUCUCAGAAACCUAUGGCCCUAUAUUCACUUUGUAUUUGGGUAUGAAACCCACAGUGGUUUUGCAUGGGUAUGAAGCAGUGAAAGAAGCCUUGUUUGAUCAAGGAGAGGACUUUUCUGGAAGAGGCCAUUUCCCAGUGGCUGAAAGGGCGAAUAGAAACAAUGGAGUCGUUUUCAGCAAUGGAAAGACAUGGAAAGACAUCAGACGCUUCUCUCUCAUGACUCUGCGGAAUUUCGGAAUGGGCAAGAGAAGCAUUGAGGAACGUGUUCAACAGGAAGCCCGAACUCUCGUUGAGGAACUGAGAAAAACCAAUGGCUCGCCCUGUGAUCCGACUUUCAUCCUGGGCUGUGCACCCUGUAAUGUGAUCUGCUCAGUUGUUUUCCAUCAUCAUUUUGAUUAUAAAGACCAGGAUUUUCUUAACUUGAUGGGAAAACUCAAUGAAAAUGCCAGCCUUCUUAGUUCACCAUGGAUGCAGGUCUGCAAUGCUUUUCCUAUAAUCCUUGAUUAUUUUCCCGGGAGUCAUAAGAAAGUACUUGAGAAUGUCAAGUAUAUGGAAGCCUUUUUUUUGGAGAAAGUUAAAGAACACCAAGACACUCUUGACAUUAACGAUCCUCGAGACUUCAUUGAUUGCUUCCUGAUGAAAAUGGAACAGGUAAAACUUCUUACUUAUGACUUACUAGAUAAAGUCCAGAAAGAGAUUCACCAAGUGAUUGGCAGUCACCGAGACCCCUGCAUGCAAGAUAGGGCCAAUAUGCCUUAUACAGAUGCUGUGGUGCAUGAGAUCCAGAGAUACAUUGACCUCCUCCCUACCAGCCUGCUUCAUUCAGUGACUCGUGAUGUUAACUUCAGAAAUUACCGCAUUCCCAAGGGUACGACCAUAUUAACUUCACUGACUUCUGUGCUUCACAGCGAAAAAGAAUUCCCCAAUGCAAACACAUUUGACCCUGGCCACUUUCUGGAUAAAAGUGGCAACUUUAAGAAGAGUGAUUACUUCAUGGCUUUCUCAGCAGGCAAACGUAGUUGUGUGGGAGAAGGACUGGCCCGCAUGGAGUUGUUUUUAUUUCUGACCAGCAUUUUACAGAAAUUUACCUUGAAGCCUCUGGUUGACCCUAAGGACAUUGAUGUCACCGCAGUUAACAAUGGAUUUAUAUCUGUGCCACCACCCUACCAGCUCUGCUUCAUUCCUGUUUGA